ACCCCGCAGUACUUGCCUUCGCGCCACGGCUGGCCCGCGUCACCGCGCGAUCAAACACACCCCACUCUCCCCUUCUGUCAAAUAAUAAUUAAUUGAUUUAUACACUACAAACAUUACUUAAGUUUAAAGUGAGAGUAAAUUGCUUAUUCAAAUUUUUGCGAAACAAACUUUUACAUCAAUGUUUUUAUUUCGCGCUUCUUCUAUCGUGACAAGAAACAAGUUUGUUUUCUUUAGUGUUUAGCAUCGACUUCAAUUUUUUUCUAAAUAAUGGGUCAAGGCGUCAGCGGUGUGAAGACUACAAUAUGGCUUUAUUUUCUCCAUGGAUUUGUGAUUUUUACUGCUGAUUCCGGAACUGAAUCACCUUCAGAUACAUCAACUAUGGACAUUUCUUCGAGAAGAUUCCGUGCUGAAUUCCUACAAGAAUGGCACGAAGCAGCAGACGCACCAUACUUCGAUCCAAACACACCUCGUAAUAUUACAGGGCUGGUUGGCCACCCAGUACGUUUGUUGUGCAGAGUUAAAAAUUUACAAAACAGAACUGUAUCAUGGGUACGUCACCGUGACAUCCAUUUACUAACAGUUGGCCGUUAUACGUAUACAUCAGACCAGAGGUUCGAGGCACAACACAAACCACGCUCCGAGGAAUGGGCGUUGCGUAUUCGAAGUCCGCAGCGACGUGACUCGGGACAAUAUGAAUGUCAGAUCUCCACUACUCCUCCUAUAGGACAUGCUGUGUUCCUCAAUAUUGUAGAACCAGAAACGGUGAUAUCAAGUGGCGCAGAACUCUUCAUCCAAGCGGGCUCAACGAUCAACCUCACUUGCAUAGUGAAACAUACUCCCGAGCCACCCACAUCUAUUACGUGGACACACGGGGAGCAGGUUAUAAAUUUUGACUCAGCACGAGGUGGUAUUUCGUUGGUAACUGAAAAAGGCUUACGCAGCACUAGUCGCCUCCUUGUACAACAAGCCAGGGGCGCAGACGCCGGCGUCUACACAUGCGGUCCUAACAACGCACCGCCGGCUUCUACCAGAGUCCAUGUUCUCUCCGGUGAACACCCGGCCGCCAUGCAACAGAGCUCAGCGAAAUGUUCAGUGGAUAAAACUAUUCUAAUAUUCUAUCUAUCGUCGACGCUAUAUAUUAUAGGGCCAUUCAACGUUUUGCGAUUUGGCACUUGAGUUACUAUCUAAAUCUCUAUAGACUUGGCAUUUGUCCACGUUGAGUGUUUUGUUGGAAUGUCGAUCGAUCAUUUCUAUAUAAAUAAUGAUGCCAUUUACGAUACAGUUAAGAAAAGUUAUGACCGCAAUUUGAUGUGUAUUUGUAAAAUGUGAGAUUCAUUGUGUAGUUUAAUUCUAAGCAUAAAUAUAUUAAACUGAUGUAAA